UAUCCACCAACGCAUCGUCGGAGGAAAAGAUGCCCAUAAAGGACAAUUCCCAUACAUUGUUUCGUUGCUCACACGUAGGGGCACUAAAAGUUAUGUAUGUGGUGGCUCCAUCAUUGAUUUUGACUGCCGCUCAUUGCACACACAACGCCGAUUGGGUUCAAAUCUUCUAUGGUACAACGAAACAAUUUAUCGACUUGCAGAUUCACAGCAAAACGAACUGCUGGAACUUCGUUAGGGAACUAUCGGACACAAAUAUCUGCGUCGGUCCAAAUGUCCGCCCUGGCGACUCUGGGGGUCCAUUGGUCACACGUGAUGAUUCCAAACUCGUUGGUGUAGCUUCUUUUAUAGACUCGAACUUAAGUGGCUUCACUCGGGUUAGCGCUUACCUGGACUGGAUUCGUAGUCACACUCGCCUAGAAUAGCUACAGAGGUUGCCCUCAACCUUAUGCACCAAGUGCAUAAAAUGAUGUGAAAAAUUUGUAAUAAAAUGAAAUCGCAAAGUUUGUUGAUUAAGAGUAAUCUGGUCAUUAUUUGUUUCAAA